AAUGCUGUUCAUUGAAUUCAAAGCGACCGAAAAGUUAAGAUGCUAAGCUGCUAGCAGCAGCUGAACUUCAUGAACUUCGAAAUUAUUUUGUUUCUGGCCACGCUGGUGGCCUUUCAAAAUGCUCCGACUACAAAUGCCAGAAAAUAUGAGUUGCUGGAACAGGAAGAAAAGACUAACCCCUAUUUAAAGGAAAUCCAUAAGCAAAUUGAUAAGUUGGAGAAAUUUAAGCACAGACAUUCAGCUGCCUUUACAAUCGGCAUAGACAACUAUUCGAAUAUCAGUAUUCGAAUCGUUGCUGAGAUGGAUGAAAUCCAUUCAACGAUAGAUAGGAUUGACGAUCACUACAAACAAUUAAGAGAUUGCGAGUCAAUUAAGUUUGAAAAUUACACCCUACAAAAUUUGGCACAUGCCCAGGUCAAACGUAAAAAUCUCCAAGCCAUGGAACAGCUUCACCUUAAGCUGUUUGGUAGUGAGGAUAUGAUUGCUCAACUGGCCAGCGGCAACCAGAUGUUCCAAGACUUUACUUGCCGAACACCACAAUCGCCUCAGCUAUUUCUAUACACGUUGUAUGUGCAGUAUGUCCUCGCCGAGCUAAAAGCCCACGCCUUGGUAGAGUGGGCGUGGAAGAUGCUCAGGAUGUUCGGACAGGGGGGAUCCAGCGAGGAUGAAAACAGAUCCCGAGGGGCCUACAAGCGAAGGACUCCGAGCACUCUGUCCAAAAUCAAGGAACUGAUGAGCCGAGCAGAUCGCGCCAUUUGGCGCUGUGAUCCAAGGAAGCACGAAGUUGGGGUCACCUACGAGGAGGUCACCCGCUUGCUGCAGGGUUACAUUGAGAACGAGGUGGACCUCAACACGGAGGGAUCCUGCUGGAGUGACUGCGCCCACUACAAAUCCACAAAAUCUGAGGGCUGUUUCGACGAUGAGUUCUGCCCUGAGCAGCAGAAAUGCUCCGGUGAAGUGUACGAUUGCCGCUUUGUGGAAUCCGACAUGAAGGUUUGCCAGGCGGCAAAGAACUCCAACAGGCGAUACGAGUACAUCCAGUAUGAAAGUGGACUUGUCCAUGGAAAAGGAGGUAGUUGCAACCAGAGGUUGCACAAUGCAAAAAGCUGGAAUUGGUGGAUGUUCUGGGAAUGCAGCUACUGCCUUUGCUUGUGUGAUGAUCAGGGAACUCACUCUGAUCGCUUUUUCAACUUGAGACAAGUGACCGCCGAUGUGAUCAGAAAUAGGGUCGUUACAGGCGUUCGUUUUGUGAAGCACAAUCGCGUUUUCCACCUGCAGGUUCAGCAGGGCGAACUCCUGCCACUUGGAGUCAUCAAUCAGACCACUCUACAGUGGAAACCCGUGGAUGAGUACAAGAUAACCGACAAGAAUGUACAAGAGGGCAGCGACUACCACAUGCUGAGCUACGAGAAGCGAUCCGUAGAUCUGGAUGAACUAAAAUCAGAAAACAACUCUGUGGUUACUGGACUGCGGUUCAAGGUGAGAGGAACCCAUCUUCAUCUCGAGGCUCAAUUCAGCAGAGUUGACUUCCAGAGCGGAAUUUUAAUUAAGCCCAAUACCACAAGUUACUGGAUUUCCGGGGGCAACGAUCAACCAAGGGAUAAACUGCAACUUAAGGACGCCCAAUUGUCCACGAAAUCCUCAGGUCCAUCGACACCUUAUCGAAGUAACAACCUGUUCAUCGAAUUUACCAACUCGGGUUUUAAGCAAGAUGCUGGCCAAACCACGUUGCCAUUCAUCGACAUUCAGGAAGUGAUCUCGAAUCCGGCGGUUCCUUUAUCCGGAAUGGGCUUAUAUUAUAAGGGACAAAAUGGCUUUGGUGGCUUUUUGGCCCCCAAGUUAAUCACCUAUGACUUCACGUCCUAUGUACAGCUACCCACUUGGGAAUCUAAGCAAACUGAAGUUUAAUAAAGUUUAGACUUUCAAUAAAAAGUUUUAA